AUGGAAUUCUUCUAAUACUGAGCUCAAAUCGUUUCACAGCAGUUGAGUCAGAUGGUUCUGCAGUUUGCUUACCGUGUAGGAAAACUUGUGUGAUAGGAGUCAAAUCUAAUUCUUAGGAUUCCUAUGAGUUCACCAAAUUUUUUUUUCCUUGUGUAGCAGUAUUGAAGAAAUUUCAGAUUUUCUGUCGUCACUUUAGAGAUCAUUUUCAUUAGAUUUUCUUACUUUUUGUCAGGAUUUAUGAGUUGAAUUUUAUUAUUGAUUUCGACUAAGCCUAUCAGCCGAAUCCAGCUACUACUGUUACUUGUGCCAUGUGAUUUCUGCUUCAAAAUUAGCGAAUGUGUGGCCACAGGAUUAUGUUUAUUAUUCGUUGUUCCAAUGCAGAGAAUCUGCAUUUUCUUUAGAAAAAAAAAUGCCUGUGUCUACUAAAUUUUUUGUGAACAAUUAUAACCAAUGUUAAACUGUUUUAAAUUGUACACGAUCGUUUGUUUAAAUAAAACAAACAUGCAUGAAAUGUUUCAAAAUAUCAUGUAAUUUUAAAUCAAAAUUUUAAAUAAUAACUAGUAAGGCUACACAGAUCCUUAAUGAACUAUUCGAAAUAUUUAAGUUUCAUGAUUAGGAAAAAAUCAUGUUGUAUCCAAUGCUCAUGUUAAUAUUUGUUGCAAUUUUAAGGCGAUUGUAUCGGAGAGCUUAUAGAAUUUACGAUGAUAAUGGCUAUUUGAAAUUUCAUCUCCGUCAAUAUAGAUCAUGGCUACCAUUUUUACUUCAUGAAUGAAGGCCAUGGAUGUCCAUCUUGAUUUACUUAGAAUUUUUGAAUUUUGUUGCAUACCAUACUGCGAGACAUGACACUUUCUAUUUUUUUUGAAAUUUCAGUUGGCUCAUAAAAUAAAGGAGUAAUAAAUUUAAAAAAAAUUAGCUAAUAGUUAAAAUGCAUAAAUUUUUGUAUAGUGAAAUUAAUUUUGAAGUUCUCCUUUAGUACACAUAAUCCAGUAUGAGUAAAUAAUUAUUUUAUAAAAACAUGUCCUUUAUAUUCUACUACACAGGAUAAAACUUUACCAACGAAAAAAAAACUUAUGUUAAUUUGUGUUCGUAAAUUAAUCUUUAAACAGAAUGUGAGCCAUCCCAGUUGAAAAACUAGUGCACUAAUCCGAAAGUUUAAGAAGUUCUACAUUACGUACAAGAUGUUAAGGACAUGUUUGGGAAUUCAGUAUACGAUGCAUCAUAUUUCCUUAACUUAGGCAAAGAAAAAUCCCGAAGAAAUAGUUAUGGAAAUGGAAAUGAAUCGUACUGGUGGUAUGAUGGGCCCCGGCCAUCACCGCCCUCCGAGGAAGAGAGGUAAUCACCACAGAGAAUCCAAGUGCAAAGGUUGUUGUCGACGUUUUACCACUUUUCUUUUUUCACAUGUUGGACUAUGUGCUUUGGUUAUUGGAUACAGCGUUAUGGGUGCAUUCGCUUUCAGGGCAUUAGAAGCCCCUUAUGAGGAAGAAAAAGCUCACCAAGUAAGCCAACUAAGAUCUGAAACUGUGCGACGGCUUUGGGAAAUAACGGACAAUCUUAAUGUACUUUAUAAGGAUAAUUGGACGCGAAUGGUUGCCCAUGAAGUGAAGCAUUUUCAAACAGAACUAAUUGCUGCUGUUAAAGAUGGAUAUGAUGGAAAGGAUGGUAAAAAUCAACAGUGGUCUUUUUCUGGGGCUUUUCUAUAUUCAUUGACUGUCAUUACAACCAUUGGUUAUGGAAAUAUUGCUCCACGGACCAAUUGGGGAAAAAUUGCUACUAUUGUAUAUGCCAUCUUUGGAAUACCCCUGAUGCUGUUAUACCUCACCAACAUAGGAGACAUUUUAGCCAAAUCUUUCCGGUACUGCUAUGGACGACUUUGCAGCUGUAGUUCAAACGAUCCUUAUAAGCGUAGGCGCCACAACAACCACCAUCCAACAGAAAACUAUAGGGUGCACCACAUAGUAGCUCAUAACUCUCCAAAUCGCCAUCAUUCUAACGCAGAACCUGGAAUACAGGACAAGUUGCAUUUGCCCACUGAUGAUGAAGUUCAGAUUGAGAACAUGCCCGAUUUAGAACUGGACCUGGAUUACGAGAGGCCGCGAGUGUCUGUUCCAAUCACGUUAUGCCUACUUAUAUUGGUCAGUUAUAUUUCCGGCGGGGCAGUUUUAUUUUCCCUUUGGGAGGGUUGGGGAUUCUUAGAUGGUUCUUACUUUUGUUUUGUGACUCUCAGCACAAUCGGUUUCGGUGAUCUUGUCCCAGGAGAUUCAGUUGUGUCCGAUGAAGGUUCUCAAGAAAAACUAGUGAUAUGUUCCCUUUAUCUUUUAUGUGGUAUGGCUUUGAUAGCUAUGUGUUUUAAUUUAAUGCAGGAAGAAGUCAUACAUAAAGUUAGAAACUGUGGGAGAAGCAUUGGCGUCAUUAAGGAUCAAGAAGAGGAAGAUGAUAUGGGAUGAUAUCAGACUUAUUUUAUAAAAUGAUAAAAGUUUAAUGAAGUCUUAAAAAGCGGAGCUAAUGAAAUCAGGAUUAUUUACCUUAGCAGAAAUGAACGACGCAGGUUGUCGUUAAACAGACAAAUUGUUCUCGGCACUGUUAGUUUCUCAAGUUUCAAAUAUUGAAUACUUCCUUAGAGAAGGUAACUAUGAUGAAAUGAUCAAAACUAUAGAUUUAUCAAUCCAAAAUAUAUGGUAUUUGUUGAUUACAUGAUUAUAAAAGAGUUUUAUAUGAGUAAAGAGUUUUUAUAUACAUAAAGUAGACAUUUUUAUCAAAUUAUAAAUUUUGUUUAAUUGCUAUUUUUCAAUAUGAAUUGCUUUUUCCUCAUAAUUCAAGAGCAGUUUUAAUUGAGCUUUGCUAACAAAACACUAGGAAUAAUAUUAUAAAAAAAUUAAAACUGAAAACACAGAUUUUAUUUAUAUUUCAGUUUUAUCUACUAUCAUCAUUUUAAUGCUUUUUGUAAUGUAUCCCAGAAGUACCAUUAAAAAUAAUGCCUCAAAACUACUUAGAUGAUUAUUGUCUAAUUUUAUUGGGGUGUUAUAAUUUACCAUAUAAUUUUAUCAAGAUUGUUAGCAAACAUGUAUGUCAUAAUGUAUAUUGUCCCACAUUCAAAUUUCUGUCCGAUCCUUGGCAAUUUAUAUUCUGCCACAUUGAUAAAAAAAACCGCCCGCAGUUAAUUGAACAGUUGGAUAGAUUUAGAAACACGUUGAAUUUCUUUUCAAAUAAUAACCUGUAUCACAUCUUAAAUUUCCAACAACUUUUUCAAGGAAAUUUUUGUGAAUAGUAA